CCGGCACUCGCUCAGUUGUCGGGCCCUAUCUGUUUCUUGAUCCACUCGAUAGUGUGCUCGAAGAUCUGCCCACACACAACCAUGGCACGCCACACACAUACAGCAAACCUAUCGACCUCUGCACAAAAACCCACGCCUGGCGUGCAGAGCGUACCACUUCGUUGCCGGGCUCGUGGUGCAACGCAUGCCACCGGUCGGGGAACUCGAGCAGCGUCUUCUCCUGAAUGAUGACACACACAACCUCACUCACAGUCACCACAUCACUCACACCGUCGCCUCGCUUCGCUUCGCUUCCUUGUGUGUGAUACCUUUGAGGACGCCUCCUUGUGCAGGCGGUAUGCGCCGUCAGGCUCCACGAGAGUGUCGUCAGGGUUGACCAGAAUCAGCAUCGGGACCGCGACCUUCGCCAGGUCAGCCUCAACCCUGACAGAACACAAACACCCACCUCUCCCCCUCUCCCUGUGUCUGUCUGCGUGUGUGUCGAGUCGACUCACUUGGCCACGCCAGCAAGAUUCUCCUUGGCAAAGCGGGUGCGUAUCCUGCAGGCAGGCAGGCAGGCACGUGACACACAUGGUCAGGUCACCAGCCACCCGGCCGGCGCCACAAGAGGCUCACAGCGUUCAAGAUCGACUGACUGACUCACCUGCCUUUGUAGAAGUAGGGGUCGUUCUGCUCCACCUCGCGCUCCUCCGGAAACGGCGACUCCUAAAGAAUGCCACGUAAUCCAACACAGGCAUGAACAAACGCGCCACCGUCUGCCUGUCUGCCUGUCUGUCUGCCUGCCUGCUGGUCUACCUCUUUCUCGCCAAGGGCCAGGUUGGGCAGGACGGCAGACACCGCCCCCAGGAGAGGCAGCAAGAUGCGAUUGAUCGGCUUGGCUUUGACCUUCUCCAGACUCAGCAUCGGACUCAUCAAAAUGAGGGCGUCGAUGUCGCCCUCGCUGUCCGUCUGCGUCGUCCGUGUGGCAAUCAGGCCGCCCAUGCUCAUGCCCAGCAAUAUCAAAGGCAGCCGUCCCUGGGACCUGGUGGACACACACACACAGACAGGACGAAAGACUUGCUUGUUUCGGCCGUUGAGUGCGGGCGUGACCGUCCCCCUACUUUGUGCGCUGUCUGACGGUCUUGAUGACCAAAUGGGCGUCAUCAACGAAGUCGUCAAAGUGCUGGCAGGUCGCCCUGCAAUGCACACACACACCCAAAGACACACACACACACAGACGAACGCAUGAUCCACAGGCCUGGCCUGCAGGCUCUAUCUCGUCAGCUUCAGGGUACUUGUAUCCGUGCCAUCCCUCCGAGCGGCCGAAGGACUGAUGGUCAUAGGCGCACAGCGACGCACCAGCCUUGUUGAACCUGCAGCCGCCCACCCACACGUGCAGUGGCACCAUCGUGUGCGGUGGUGUGUGUGCCUCUCUCUCUCUCACUUUUGUGCCCAUGAGCCUUCGUAUGUGAGUUUUGGGUGCAUCAUCCACUCUAUGUGGGCGUGGGCAGAGUAGCCAUGAAGACCUGCACAGUCAGCAAAGGUCAGCGAGUCAGUCAAGAGACUUGGCAGCGCAGCGCCUGUCUGUGUCCGGGCAUACCAACGACGAUGAAUUUGGGCUGCUGGACCUCCCACAAAAAGCACGCCAGCGACAGGCCCUGCACACACACCCACGCACACCCACGCACAAGUCACAGGGAGGCGGUUUGGUCACUCGAUGAAGACCUGCUUGUUUUUGAGGGUUUCUUUCGUCGGGCUGCCGUCAUCGGGGUACGGAUCUGCAGAUGCCGACGCCAUCG